AUGGCAUCCGUUGGGUCUCUGAAUCCCUUUACUAAUGCUUUUAAAAAGAAGUCCUUCAAGGAUUCUGAUAAGAACUUUACGAAUAAAUCCCAAAAGCUUAAGUUUGGAAUCAGUAACAAAGAGCAACAAAGGACUGAACAACUAGCGUCUGUAUAUAGACAAGAAGAUAAGAUUGUAAUGCCUAUAGCGAAAGAAAGUAAAAGGAUGAUUCCAAGGUUAACUCAGGAACAGAACAUCAAAACUGGUCCGCUAUUAAUCGAGCGAGACCCAUCUAGCAUUGGCUUCCGUAAUUUUAGUCACAAAGACAGGGAGUUACCGCGGUAUUUGAUACAGCAAUCACCCAUCAUUACCAGCACAAACUUUACCAAGGAUCCUUGGGAUGCUGCAAAUCAAAAAAAGAUGUUGAGCCUAGAAAACUCUAUUAGCGAUGUUACAGAGUUAUGGGAAGCGUUAAAGAAAAUCCGAGAUGUGGAAAGGAAAAUAAUGGAACAGAAAGGCCUAGUAGAUAGGGCUGAUUUAGCGAAAGAUUUGAAUGAUGCAAUUGUUUUUCAAGGCACUUGCGAAGAUAUGUGUCCCAUAUUUGAAAGAGCAAGAAGAAGUGUUGAAAAUAACGUAGUGCGCUAUGAGAAGGAUAAUCCAACGGACAAAAAAAUUUCUAGGUUUAAGGCCAUAAAGGUAUUUGCCCGCCCAGCUGCUGCUGCUGCUCCUCCUCUUCCAUCAGAUGUUAGACCUCCUCAUGUUUUGGUGAAAACCUUAGACUAUAUUGUGGCAAAUAUCGUUCAGCUACUACCGGAUUGUGAAAGCUUUUUAUGGGAUAGGAUGAGAUCUAUCAGACAGGACUUUACAUAUCAAAACUACAGCGGACCUGAAGCAGUUGACUGUAAUGAACGUAUUGUCCGUAUUCAUUUGCUUAUUCUACACGUUAUGGCGAAGGCAGAUAUAGAGUACAGCAGACAACAAGAGUUGGAACAGUUAAAUAAAGCGCUGAUCACACUAUCCGAAAUAUACGAUGAGGUUAGGAUACGAGGGGGAAGCUGUCCUAAUGAAGCGGAAUUCAGAGCGUACGCAUUUUUGAGUAAAAUCAGAGAUCCUGAAUACGAUAAAAUGAUUCAGGGACUACCAAGACAUAUAUUUCAUGAUGAGAUCGUUCAACUAGCCAUCUGCUUUCGCCGUAUUAUAUCCAAUACUUCAUAUAUUGAAAGAGGGCACGUUAAAACGGAGAACUGUCUUCACUUAUAUCGCAGAUUUUUCCAGUUAAUUAAAUCUCCUAAUGUUCCAUUUUUAAUGAGCUCUUUCCUUGAAGUUUACGUCAACGAAAUUAGGUUUUAUGCUAUAAAAUCUCUCUCAAUGACUGUUUCUAAGAAGCAUAAGAAUAUACCAUUUUCAUAUUUUUUGGAAGAGCUAUUAUUCAACGAUUUAGACGAGUUAACAACUUUUUGCAAUUACUAUGCAAUAGGAAUGUAUGAAAAUGGUAUUUCAUUAAAAAGUUUAAAGUAUCAUUCUCAUCUAAUUACAGAGAGAAAACCUUUAAAGCAAGCAUGUCUCAAAUGUGUUGAGGACAAACUAAAGCGUACAACAUACAUUGAUUUAAUUAAUUCUGGAAAACCAAACAACGACAUUUUGGGUAUCCAUGUAAACGGUACUAUGUCAAAAUUACCGGCAGUUGAAAUAAAUCCUGAUUUUGAGCACAAAUCUAUGACUCCUUCACCCAUGUGCGCUAACGUAUUUAACAAGGGCAACAUAAUGGCUUCCAAUGGCAGUGCUAAUAAUCCUAUAUUGCAAUCGCAAGUUGUCCAUGCUGCUGGAAAGAAGGACGAUGCGAUAAGGCAUUCCAAUAAACCACCUAAUGAUAUCAAUGUAACAGUAUCAACUCUAUUUUCUACUCCCGCCACUCCCAUCGUACCUCCAAGACUUGGAUCGUUUACAGCAUAUGUACAAGGCAGUAAAAACACAAUUCAGGAGGUAAAUAUAAAUGAAUCCAAAAAAAAAAAUGAGGAGUUUAAGAAAUCCAAUGAACUAAAAUUAAUGCGAAACCAAGCGCCGUUAAGAAUACAAGAUUUUAAUCUAAAGUCAAAUAUUUCUGAAGAAUCAAUAAAGACUGAAACCAAAACACCAAAUAUACCGACUGAGCCAAAAAAGAAGAAGCAGCUACCAAUUCUGCAGAUUUCUGAUAACUUGAUUAGAUCUAUUGUGAACGAUAAAGUUUCCGAUGUUAUCAAGGAUGAAUUCGAUAAUAUCGCAAAGAGGGAGCGAAGACUUAAAACAUUAUCAAAUGAUCUAUUCAAAGCAUUUAUUCAUGAGACCUUAUUUUUUAUAUAUUCUGAAACUAGAGCUGACUUAUUUCACGAGAAGAAUGUGCUAAAAUCCUGUAUUACUGCUUGGAAACUUCAAUAUGAGGCUAGGAAAUCAGAACGUGAGUUAAAAAAAAAGCGCAAGGAGGAGCUAUUGCAAGUAGGUAAACAAUUGGGAAUUCCGGUUUUGAAACGGCCUCGUACCUCUGAUGUUAACAAUUCAUCAGCAUCAGCCUUUCAUGGUAACUCUUCUUUUCUGCGAACACCGAGAACUUGGAUUGAUACUCCUGUUGCACCAGAAACAAACCAUUUCAAUACACCUGUUCGUAAGAAUACUUUAUUGUGGCAACCAAUAGAUCUAGUCAGAAACUAUUGUAGCAUGAUUGCAGCUCAUAACGAAGAUGUAGAUCACUCGGUAUUAUCAGAUGGCUUUUCUGGAUGUAAGAAUGAGCUGAGUCUAUAUGUGUAUGCUAGAACUUGGAGUUCGGUAUCGGGAUCGUGGCUUUUGAAUAAGUUUUCCCUCAAUUCACAACCUAGGUUUGAUGUAUCGACUUCAGACUUUAAACUAUCCGUCGUUAAGUUGGGCAAUGACUAUCAUCCAAGCGAUUUCAAACAUUUGCAACUGUUAAUUUUUAAUACAGGUGUCACUGAUUUAGACAUAUAUGAUUUAGAAAUGAGGUUAAAACAAGAUGGAGAGAAGUUAGUUGAAUUAGUUCAUGGGAUUUCUCUGAAUACGGAUUAUAAAUUUUGCAUCUUACUUGUUUAUUGGUCGUCUACUGGAAGUCACUGGAGUGACCGUGACAUAGCAAAAUAUUUGAAAUUGAAUACUAUAAGAAAAUUAUUUGGAAGUGUUAUUCAAUCUAUUGAAAUUGCAAUGAUGAAUAAUGACAGACCAGAUGAAACUUUAGUUAAAAGCCUAGUAACAAUUGCAGACAAGUUCAAGUUUCAGCUGACAGAACGUGGAGAAUAUAACAAGUCCAUUUUAAAGAGAAAUUUGGCUGGUGCAGGAGGAAGUGCUAUUUCAAACUUUCCAGAGCCCUCUAAUACAAUCGAUGAAAGGCUCAAUAAGGCUCUGCAAUUGGAAAAGCAGAAGCAUGAAAACUACAAAAGCAAGAAGAGUUUGUAUGCACAUCUUCAAAACCACAUAAGUGCUUCUCCGAAAUUUAAAGUUAAGAAACUACCUGUAUUAUUAUCAGAAAAAAAUAAAGGUAAGUUUAAAACUCCAAUGAAUGUGUUACCUCAUAGAAAAUCCUUGUCUGAAUCUCCAAUGGCAUCAUUACCAUCACAAUCUUCCCAUCUAGCGGCAAAAAUAAAACACCUUCCAGUCCCUAUCGCCACUUAUGGUACCCCCAGUCAGGUACGACCUCAGCAUCAUUCUUCCCACAACAAAUGGCUACUGCAAACACCUUCCGUUGCAGUUGCGGGAAGUUCAGGUGUGCCAAUUACAGGCACCGCAAAUACAAGCGGCCUGUCAAACAUAACGUUCGCGCCGCUGCUCAUGACUCCAAUUGAGAAGAUCAUUCUGGAAACACCACCGCCAAAUAAACUGCGAAAGCUUCCUGACAAGACUGGUAGCUUCAAAGCGCAAUUAGACACUAGCAAGGCCAAUGCAAUAACCUCAACAGACGCUCCUGCUCUAAGCAUGGAAAAUCGGCAAAGUUAUAAACCCCGCCCAUACGAUGCGCUAAACGCUUCUGUUAAUGAAUCAGAUAGUAUGCAAGAGCUUAGAGGCUUGAUUGCAAGCGUUAAGGAUAAGCUGAAACGAUGA